AUGGGCAAGGACAAAUCUCCAGGAUCGGAUGGCAUGAACCCGGGCUUCUACCAGGCCUUCUGGGAUGUCAUCGGUAAGGAUGUUUCUGAUUUUGUACUUAAAUGUUUAUCUGAGAAGUCUUUUCCUUCAAAUUUGAAUGAUGCUAAUAUUGUAUUGAUCCCGAAGAAAUGCUCUCCUGUUUCUGUGUCUGAUUUAAGGCCAAUAGCUUUGUGUAAUGUGCUGUAUAAGAUAAUGGCAAAAAUGAUUGCUAAUCGUAUGAAACCAUUGCUUGAGGGUUUGAUUUUUGUUUCGCAAAGUGUUUUUUUACCUGGUAGGUUGAUCUCAGAUAAUAUACUUAUUGCGUCUGAGGUUGGCCAUUAUUUGAGGAGGAAACAGUUAGGGCAGGUUGGGUGGGCGGCCUUAAAGCUUGAUAUAGUGAAAGCUUAUGACAGGAUGGAGUGGCCUUUUGUGCGACAUAUGUUGACUGGCUUGGGUUUUGAUGAUAGAUGGGUCCAGCUGGUAAUGUUGUGUGUGCAGACAGUACGGUACAGGGUUUUGGUCAAUGGGAAGCCUACUGAGGAAAUAGUGCCCACGAGGGGACUAAGACAGGGAGAUCCAUUGUCUCCUUACUUGUUUAUAAUUUGUGCUGCGGGCUUAUCACUGUUGUUGCAGGACUCUCAGGCUAAAGGGCUUUUGCAUGAUGAUAGCUUACUUUUCUUUAAGGCUAAUUUGCAGGAAGCUCUGGAGGUAAAGAAAUGUCUGGGGAUUUAUGAGGCUUUCUCAGGGCAGGCGGUUAACUUUCAGAAGUCAAGCAUUACGUUUAGUCGUAAUACACAGGUGGAGGUAAGGAACGAGGUGGCGAGUUCAUUGGGGGUGGGCCAAGCUGAUGAUUUUGGGAAAUAUCUUGGUUUGCCUUCUGUUGUAGGCCGGAAUAGGAGUGCAGUUGAUGAACAGGUACUGGUGGGGCCAGAGUGGUUCGCAGGGCAGUAUUCACUGGAUGUCCUGGGACCCCAAGCAGGGAUGCGCCUCUUAACCAGUCCGGAGUCCCUAGUGGCUCGUGUAUUUAAAGCCAGGUACUAUCUGUCAUCUUCGUUUUAUGAAGCCACAAUUGGUGGUAAUCCGAGUUAUGCGUGGAGGAGUAUUUUUGCAGGUCAGACAUUACUAAAGUCUGGGUGCAGGCGGAGGAUUGGUCAUGGAAGGACCACUAGGGUAUUAAAUCAUCCGUGGCUACCUGAUCCUAUUGAUCCCUAUGUAGCUUCGACCCACCCGGGUCUGGGGCAAGAGCUUCUCGUUUCAAACUUGGUUGAUAAUGCCACAAAUGGGUGGAAUAAUGAUCUGCUGGAUGAGUUGUUUGCCCCGCGAGAUGUUAUGUUGAUUAAGCAGCUCCCUGUUAGUUUGGAUUGUAAUGAUGAUUGGUUUUGGGAGAGGGAUCUCAGAGGUUGCUACUCGGUUAAAGAUGGUUACAGAAGGAUGGGAGAGGUAAAUGGCCCAUGUUUGCCAGUAUGGAGAAAUUUGUGGAGCUUACAGGUCCCACCUAGAUGGAGAAUUUUUAUGUGUAGAGCUUUGUCUGACAUCCUGCCCACUCUUGAUAAUUUGAUUAAUAGAAGAAUUGAGUUGAUUAAUGUUUGCCCAGCAUGUGGUUUGGAGGAGGAGAAUAUCAUGCAUGCCUUAUGUUCUUGUUCUUAUGCUUCACAAGUGUGGAAUUUCUCUCAGUUACUAAUCCCUUCUUUUGACGGCAGGAGUUUUAGGCAAUGGACAGAGCUUUGGCUUAGAAACUCGAUUACUUAUAACUCGGAAGCUCAGGGGAGGAUAUGUGGCUUGUUAUACGAUAUUUGGACUGCCAGGAAUGAGGCGGUUUGGGAUGAUGCAGGCUUCAAUGGUCCUAAUCAUAGGCCGGCCUAUGGUUUUAUAGUGCAGGAGUUGGAUGGUGCCUUUGUGGCGGCAGGGAAUGGCCCUAUUAUUUGCCCAUAUGACCCCCUCUUGGCGGAAGCAAUGGCUUUGUGUGAGGCUUUAUCAUGGCUAAGGGAGAAUGGUUACUCGAGGAUUUCAGUGUGCUCCGAUAGUCUUGUUUUAGUUUCUAGUCUUAAGCAUGCAAGUUCGUUUCGUACUUAUUUUGGUUAUGUUUUGUUAGCUUGUAAUCGUUUGUUAUCUUCUAUGACUAGAUCAGUAGUAAUUCAUGUUCGUAGGGAUGAUGUACAGGCUUCCCAUGUUAUGGCUAAGCAUGUAACUGCCUCUUUGGCUCGUUGUCUCUGGAGGGAUUUUCCUCCUUCUUUUCUUGAGCCUGGAAUGGCUAAUGCAGUAUAA